UCAGAGUGAGAGGAACCCGGGCUGAGACGCUGCUGUGAGUCCGCAGGGUCCGUAGAGCCGAGCCGGACUCGUUGUGUUUGGAGGAGGAGGAGGAGGAGAAAGAGGAGGAGGUAGAGGAGGAGGAGGAAGAAGAGGAGGAAGAGGAGGAGGAUUAUUACACACACUGCACACAAAGCCAGUGCAGAAGCCGGUCGCAGCGUCUGGUGUCUCGAUGUUGGAGGAGGAUCCGGGUCAGCGGGACCGAACCGGGGGACGAUGUGGCUCUCCUGGCUCACCGGGGCUCUUCUGCUGGGACCUUUGUGUGCAGGACUCGGUGGGGGGGGGGCUGACACCACCGACUGCCUGUACUACAACGUGAACUUCGAGCAGGAGCGGACCAAUCAGAGCGGAGUGGAGCGCUGUGAGGGCGAGCAAGACAAGCGCUCCCACUGCUACGCCUCGUGGAGGAACAUCUCCGGCUCCGUGGAGCUGGUGAAGAAGGGCUGCUGGCUGGACGACUUCAACUGCUACGACCGACAGGACUGCGUCGCCACAGAAGAAAGUCCUCAGGUUUUCUUUUGUUGUUGUGAAGGAAACUUUUGUAACGAGAGAUUCUCUCACCUGGCCGACGUCACGGGACCACUGAUUGUAGCUCCGCCCCCUGGCGUCCUCAUGAUCUACUUCCUGCUGCCCUUCCUCAUGCUGACGGUGGUUCUGAUGGCCUCUGUCUGGACCUACAGACACAAGAAGCCUCAGUACGGACACGUGGACAUCAGCGAGGAUCCGGGUCCUCCCUCUUCUCCUCAGCUCAAACCUCUGCAGCUGCUGGAGGUGAAGGCCAGAGGACGAUUCGGCUGCGUGUGGAAAGCUCAGAUGAUCAACGACUACGUGGCCGUGAAGGUGUUCCCCAUCCAGAACAAGGAGUCGUGGGAGAACGAGACCGACAUCUUCAUCACCCCAGGGAUGAGGCAUGAGAACAUCCUGAGGUUCAUCGCUGCAGAGAAACGAGGAAACCACCCGGAGGUUGAACUGUGGCUCAUCACCGAGUUCCAUGAGAGGGGUUCUCUGAGUGACUUCCUGAAGGGGAACAUCAUCAGCUGGUCAGAGUUGUGUCACAUCUCGGAGUCGAUGGCGCGUGGUCUCGCUUACCUGCAUGAAGACGUCCCGCCUCUAAAAGGAGAGGACGCCAAGCCGGCCAUUGCCCACAGGGACUUUAAGAGUAAGAACAUCAUGCUGCGUUCUGACCUCACCGCCGUCAUCGGAGACUUGGGCCUCGCAAUCCGCUUCUCGCCGGGGGAACCACCUGGAGAGACUCAUGGACAGGUGGGCACCAGGCGCUACAUGGCUCCAGAGGUGCUGGAAGGAGCCAUCAACUUCCAGAGAGACUCCUUCCUGAGGAUCGACAUGUACGCCGUGGGCCUGGUGCUGUGGGAGCUGGUGUCCCGCUGCAAGGCCGUGGACGGCCCCGUAGGGGAGUACCUGCUCCCCUUUGAGGAGGAGGUGGGUCAGCAUCCGUCUCUGGAGGACCUUCAAGACGUGGUGGUCCACAAGAAGACAAGACCGUCCCUCAAAGAGCUUUGGCGCAAACACACCGGCCUGGCUCAGGUGUGUGAGACCGUGGAGGAGUGCUGGGACCACGACGCAGAGGCCCGGCUGUCAGCCGGCUGCGUGGAGGAGAGGAUCUCACAGGUGCGCCGCCUGACAGGUGCCCUGGCCCCGCCCACCUCGGACCGCCGUGGCCCGCCAGCGUUCGCGCCGCCACCCCUCACCGUGGUGAUCAACGUGGACCCGUCCAGAGAGUCCGGCAUGUCAGGACAGAAGCGAGAGUGAAGCACCAGCUUUGUUCUUGAGAGUUCAACUUUCUUUGACAAAACGCGAAUAACAAACACACACACACACACACACGACUCAGUGAAUGCUCUUCUAUCUCCAGGUACCUUAGCAACCACUUUUCUCCCAUCUGACCUCUUCUGAGACUCCAGAUUGUAACCUAGCAACCGCGCUAGGUUACAAUCUGGUUACAAUCCGGGAUGUUUUUUUCACUACAAUGCUGCAAAAACCCUCCCAGGAACACGAGUGACACGCGACACGCACGGACUCGACCGACCUUCGGAUCCAACGGGUUCAAUCCAAAAGGACGGGAAACAGGAAGUGAUGUCAUGGGGGUUUGCCCUCUCUCUGAAGACUGGAGAAGCGCAGAGGUUGGAUGGCCGAGAGAAUGUCGGUUGGCUUGAAAAUAAUUCUUCUCAGGUAAACGUGACGCCCAUGCCAGGGGGCAGGCCCAGCACCAAGAGGGAGGGGCUUAUCUGAGGGAAUUCAAUGCCUAUUGGCUGUCCUGAAUAUGUGCAUAAAAAAGGUGCAAGCUCUCUGAUGCAUGCAGGUCAGUGUGGCCGUGUGUGGGUGAUGAUUGUCUGUGAGCUGUGACCUUUGACCUCAGUGAUGUUACCUGUACAUAUCACUGAUACCGAAAUCUUCCAUUGAUUUAAUAAUCAAGGAAUUGUUUAUUUAUUAACAACAAUAGGCUCUGCCUCAUCCUGUGUACAGAUUGACGCAAAGGUCAAAGUCUGUAGUUCAAAGGUCAGCAGCAUAUUAUCCUCUUUUUUUAAAUUUAAAGCAGGACCAAAACCGGGGCGUCGAUUCAUUGCCUCGUAAACCGUAAAACGGACUUCAUCCUAAAGUGUGUGUGUGGUGUCACACACUGAAUGUCACCUCGUGAGGAACACGACUCUCCGGUUCCCUUUUUGUCGCUCCGUUGUCUGACGGUCAUUGAACUCACCGUCCAGCGGGAGCCAAGGAGUCGAUGAAGGAGGUGAAGUGAGCGAAACACAGAUGACCUCAAAACAGCCAAAAUACCUCAGACGUUUCUUCCUUCUCUUCACAUGAAGCCUCCAAAGCGAGAGGAGGAGAAAUGUUCCUUACCUCCAGGUGGUGAAUACUAAAUCAUUUUGUAGAGAGUGAACUGCCGAUAUCAUAAAAGCACCUGGAAUGAGUCCUCGUCUCCUCUAUCCUCACCUUCCCUUCCCUCCUGUCCUAGCUUUGCCUCCUCGGCCCCUGUGUGUCCUUCGUUCUACUUAAAGUAGAUUCUGUUUCUUUUCUGUCUCCUUUCCUUUGUGCCCCUUCUCCUCAUUCCUUUCCUCCUCCAUCUUUCCUUUGGUCUCCUCGUCUUUCCCUUGUGUCUCUUUGUCUACUUACCCCUUGUCUUGUCUCCUUCUCACUUCCUCUCGUGUUCCAGUUCAUCAAACCCUUUAUUUUUCUUCUCCUUACCUGUAUCUCUUUUCCUUCCUUCCUUUCGUAGUCUCGCCACUUUUGUCCUUGUGUGUUGCCUCAUGUAUCUCCAUUUUUAUCUCCAUUUCCUUCUCAUCUUGCUCUCCUUCCUUGCUUCCUUUUCAAGUGUCCGUCCUUAAGUGGGACACCAGGAUGUUUGUGUAUAAAUUCAUUUAAAAUAUAUUGAACCAAGCAAAUGUGAUACUACUUGCAAUAAUUUAAAUGGCUGAAGUAAUAUUCUAAAAGUAUUUUUGUAUAUUCAGAUGCAAGUGUUUCCAGAUGUUUUUCACGAACAUGUGGGUCAUGGCGAUAGGGGAAUAACCACCGACCACAGCGCUGUUGUUAGCAGUGUUAGCAGUGUUAGCACUCUGAAAACGUGCUGGUUUAAGGGAACCUGGCAGAUUUUUCCUCUCGCCACGUGACGUUAAGCCAUUAGCUUGCGUUGCUAGCAGUCGGCUAGCAGCUAACCUUCAGAAAAACCUCCAUAAAGAACUAAACAUCCAGCAGAAGUGUGGCACUUCAUGUUCUUAAAGCUACUUUUUUCAUUCAUUGAUCUAAACUAAGUGUGUGAAAAUGUCUUUUUAGCUGAUAGUAGCAUUCAAGCUAAUGAACGUGCUGGACCGUGAUGACUGUGCAAGGUGUUAUUUUGCCUCAAUGCUAAUGUUUGAGUUUGAACCUCCUCCCCUCUUCUUCCUCCUCAGGGAGGAGGUUCAAACCCUGCCACCAGACUCCAUUUAACACGUCAAGUUUAAACCAGAACAGAGCACUUUUGUUCCCUGAAUAUAAAGAUUUAAACAUUUGAAGUAGAAGAAGAGUUGUUCAGGGCCCUCAUUGGCCGAAGGAGAUGCACAGGGUUUCCCGGGCAUGUUGUCAAGGGGUCAUCAUCAU